GGUGCAGGAAACCUGGCGGGCCUGCGCUCCCAGCUCUUCCCUCCUACCCCUGGGCACGACUGGUCGUUCUGCUUCCUCCGCAGUGCAGCAGUUUAACAUGGGCCGCACUCCACCAGCUCAUUAAUUCCACCCAGGCAGACUCUCAGUGAUAGGGAAUAAACCCUCUGAAUUAAAGCCUCCUUGCUUUCAACGUUAACCCAGGGCGACUGUCUCCUCUAUCCACGGUUAGAGGGGUGGUGGCGCCACUCUGCCCUGUAAAUGGGUGUAGGCGGAUCUCGUGGGGUUGCUGCCCUGUUCGUAGCUGCUCUGUGCAUUCGCAUUAUCCUCGUCUUCUAUGGGCUGUACCAGGACCGCUCCAUGCAGGUUAAGUACACCGAUGUGGAUUACCGAGUCUUCACAGACGCCGCCAGAUUUGUCACUCAGGGGGCCUCUCCAUACAGAAGAGCAACUUAUCGUUACACACCAUUGCUAGCAUGGAUGCUGCUGCCCAACAUUUACCUCAUGGAAGUGUAUGGGAAAUUUGUUUUCAUUACAUGUGAUGUCCUUGCAGCUCAUCUCAUGCACAAGAUCCUAUGCCUCCAAGGACUGGACAGUCAGAGUGCAUGCUGGUACUGUAGCUUAUGGCUCUUCAACCCCCUGCCAAUGACUGUUUCAAGUAGAGGGAAUGCAGAAGCUGUUCUGGCAGUGUUGGUCCUAAGUACUUUGCUCUACCUAAAGCGUAGGCAGAUUGUGAAGGCUGCACUGUUCUAUGGGCUUUCUGUACAUUUGAAGAUUUACCCAGUGACCUAUGCAUUUCCCAUAAUCCUGUCACUUCAAACUGACCAACAAGCAGCAGAGAAUGAUCCUUCAACUAUAAGGAAUAAACAGCAUCUUAAAAAAGGCAUAGGUUUUUUCAGUUAUAAGAAGCAUUGGUCAAUGUUUAUUGUCAGACUGCUAAACAAGGAGGUGCUACUGUUCAUCGUUGUUGCUGGCCUCGAAUUUCUUAUCCUAGGAGUAUUCUUCUAUUACAGCUAUGGUUGGGAAUUUCUGGAGCACACGUAUUUUUACCAUUUAACAAGAAGAGACAUUCGCCACAACUUCUCCCCGUAUUUCUACAUGUUGUAUUUGACUGCAGAGAGCGAGUGGAGCUCAGUUCUGGGACUGAUUGCUUUCUUCCCACAGUUCCUGCUGCUUGUCAUCACAUCUUUUGCUUAUUAUAAGGACCUUACAUUUUGCUGCUUCCUUCACACUGCCAUUUUUGUCACUUUCAAUAAAGUGUGCACUUCACAGUAUUUCCUGUGGUACUUGUGCCUUUUACCAAUGGUUCUUCCACAUCUGACAUUUUCCUGGAGAAGAGGCAUUAUGCUCCUGGCUUUGUGGUUCAUUGGUCAGGGAUUAUGGCUCACCCCUGCAUAUUACCUGGAGUUUGAAGGACAGAAUACAUAUCUACUUAUCUGGGUAGCUGGAUUGCUAUUCCUUUCCAUCAACUGCUUCAUUCUCAUUGGUAUUAUCUCAAACUACAAGAAAAGGGAUUUGCAGUCAAAAACAAGAACAGAUUAAGAGCAGGAAAGCUUCUGUGCCCAGGAUGUUGCUAUUUAUUUCAUGGAUCAUACUUAAAAUAUAUUCUGCCUAAAUAUAAUUACUAUUUUAUUUUCUGUGAUGAGGGCCCCUUUAGAAAUAGGUAGUAUGUAAUA